AUGGUUUGGACUACAAGGUCCAGAGUUCAUAGUGCUUCAGAACGCGGAAGUGCCCUCGAUCCGUCCACAGAGGAAGUGCGGCUGUUGAAAAUGCGGUAAAACAUCGAUAAAACACCCAAUUCACGCAUGUGUCGGUGUGUGUGAGCAAGACAUGGUGCCAGAACAUGGGAAUCAGCAGAAACGCUCGUCGCAGCCGUCUAAUAGCGAGGGUGACGCGGACGGAUCGUUCGUGUUCGAGGCUAAAGAGGCCUGGAAAGAUUUCCACAACUCCCUCAGACAGUUUUAUGAGAACGGAGAGCUGUGUGACGUCACUCUGAAGGUUGGGAACAGACUGAUACCAUGUCACAAACUGGUUCUGGCCUGCGUGGUGCCGUACUUCCGCGCCAUGUUCCUCUCAGAUAUGGCCGAGGCCAAACAGGACUUGAUUGAGAUACGAGAUUUCGACGCCGAUGCCAUCCAGGACCUGGUGCUCUUUGCGUACUCCUCGCGCCUGACUCUGACGGUGGAUAACGUCCAGCCGCUGCUGUACGCGGCGUGUAUCCUGCAGGUGGAGCUGAUCGCUCGGGCCUGCUGUGAAUACAUGAAAGCACACUUCCACCCCUCCAACUGUCUGGCCGUCCGCACCUUCGCAGAGAGUCACAACAGGGUGGACCUGAUGGACAUGGCUGACCGCUACGCAUGCGAGCAUUUCAGUGAAGUGGUGGAGUGUGAGGAUUUCAUCUGCGUCUCGCCGCAGCACCUCAAGACGCUACUGGCCUCCAGUGACCUGAACAUUCAGUCUGAGACUCAAGUGUACAACGCCGCCGUCAAAUGGCUUAAAGCCAAUCAGAAACACCAUGAUGUCUGGCUGGAUCAGAUCAUGUCUCAGGUGCGUCUUCCUCUGCUGCCGGUGGAUUUCCUCACAGUCACUGUUGCUAAAGAGGAGAUGAUCAAGGCUAAUUUGAGCUGCAGAGACCUUCUGGAUGAAGCAAGAAAUUAUCAUUUACACCUGAGCAACAAGACCGUUCCUGACUUUGAGUAUUCGAUCCGUACGACUCCCCGGAAGCACACCGCAGGUGUGUUGUUCUGCGUCGGGGGACGAGGGGGAUCCGGAGACCCGUUCCGCAGUAUCGAGUGUUACUCCAUCAGUAAAAACAGCUGGUUCUUCGGCCCUGAAAUGAACAGCAGACGCAGACACGUGGGAGUGAUUUCAGUAGCAGGGAAAGUUUAUGCUGUUGGAGGCCAUGAUGGCAACGAGCACCUCGGGAACAUGGAGAUGUUUGAUCCACACACCAACAAGUGGAUGAUGAAAGCCUCCAUGAACACUAAACGGAGGGGGAUCGCGCUGGCUGCUCUCGGUGGACCCAUCUACGCUAUCGGAGGUCUGGAUGAUAACUCCUGCUUCAGUGAUGUGGAGCGCUAUGACAUCGAGUCGGACCGCUGGAGCGCCGUGGCUCCUAUGAACACACCCAGAGGAGGCGUGGGAUCUGUGGCACUCGGGGGCUAUGUGUACGCGGUCGGGGGAAAUGACGGUGUUGCGUCGCUGUCCAGCGUGGAGCGCUUCGAUCCUCAUCUGAACAAAUGGACAGAUGUGCGAGAGAUGGGGCAGCGGCGCGCUGGAAACGGUGUCAGUGAACUCAACGGAUGCCUCUACGUUGUUGGUGGGUUUGAUGAUAAUUCUCCGCUGAGCUCAGUGGAGCGCUUCGACCCCAGGACCAAUCACUGGGAGUAUGUGGCGGAGUUGACCACGCCCAGGGGCGGAGUCGGCGUUGCCACAGUGAUGGGGCGUGUCUUUGCAGUGGGGGGCCACAAUGGAAACAUCUACCUGAAUACGGUGGAGGCCUUCGAGCCCCGGAUGAACAGAUGGGAGCUGGUGGGCUCUGUGUCUCACUGUCGGGCCGGAGCUGGAGUCGCCGUCUGCUCCACUCACAUCAGUCAGAUUCGAGACGUCGGCCAGGGCUCCAGUAACGUCGCUGACUGUAUGUAGCUACAUCGUCAGAGUUUGACACACUACAACACUAACACUUCAGCCUAAUUACACACCAAACACCUGCUUUCAGCUGUAAUGUGGCUCUGAAUCUUCUGUGUACUACACCACAAGAAAACUUUGUGUUUUAGCUUGAAUUUUGUGAGUGGAAAGUGUUUGUUUUUUUUUAGCAGUGAGAUCACACGAUCCCUGUAUGUGGUGUUUGUACGGAUUAUAGUGCUCAGAAAUCAGAAUUGAUGUUCAGUCUGAAUAUCCAUGACAUGAGUUCAGUAAAUCAUUCUUGUGUUUGAUUGGCAGAAUGACUUUAGAUUUUUAUAAAUGCACACACUUAAAAAAAAAAACUAUUUUAUGACUUCAGGACACAAAGAAUGAUCAAAAAGAGAUUAUUCUAUAACCGAGUGUUUGUUUGCGUGAGGACAAUCACAGUAAUCAAGAUAAAGUGAGAGAUCCAUGAGCACGAGCAGAGUCAUUUCUAACGUGACGCAAUUAUACUUCUGUUGUGAGCCAUGUCUCAUUUAUGACUUCAGCAAGACUGUCUUAAUGGAACCCUGCAGAGGAUCUAGACUGGUUUUGGGUUUAUAUUUGUGCUGGACCGUCUGGAGCGAUGAUGUGUGAUAAAGGACUGUGCUUCUGUUGUGUUUUUUCACUGCCAAACAUGAGCCGAGAGAAGCUCAAAGAUGCUUGUUUAUGUUGCUUGUGUAUUACAAAUGUAAAGCUUUUCUGGCUUGAUUUUGUGUUUACUGUUUUACAUUAUUACAAAAAUUAUUACAUUUUGAAACCAAUCCAUUAUGCAUUGAGGGAAUACAGGUUUUGUUUUUAAAUAGGUCUUUGGUGGGUUUUUCUUUGACGAAUCUUAUUUUUCCUGAAGAUAAUUUUUUUUUGUUUUUUCUGAGAUUUGUAAAACAUUCAUAUUGUUGCUUUUAUUCAGUUGUAAUUGGUUGGACUCCAGCAUGUCCAUAUGAUUAUAUUUGAGAUCUGCUGUUGAAAUGUUGAUAUUGUUGAAAUGUUUUUUAUAUUUUUGUGGUGUCACAGAUGUUAAAAUAUUGCAUUCGGUGAUGUGAAACAACAUUAAAUAUAUUCAUAAAGUGAUUUAUUUAACAUUUGUGCAACUUUAUUCUUUAUUAUGACAGAACGACUUUCAAUUGUAGCUGUAUUUCUGUACCUGCUGAUUUAAGAGCAGUAUGUUUGUUAGAUAUAUCUC